AUGGGCUGUUACGAUGAGUUGGCAAAAGCCAUAGCUGAAGAAAGAGACUCGUCUUUGAAGUUUAAGUCAGUUGGCACGGUUGCCUCGGGUGACGACAAUGCAAGAGACCCUUCAGCUAAAACCAGCAGCAGUGAAGGGAGUAGUGGCAGCAGUGGCGGUAGUAGAAGCAACAGUGGCAACACUUGUACGUCAGAUUGCAAACAAGGGCAACAAGUGUACCAACUACCGUCAAUUGACCCCGUAUUGGCACAACGGAAACCAUGGAAGACGGAUGCAAAGUAUUUCAACCAAUGCAAAAUCUCCUCGUUGGCCCUCGUCAAGAUGUGCGUCCAUGCUCAAACGGGAGGCUCGAUUGAAAUCAUGGGGAUGCUAGUUGGCAAGAUUGUCGAUCGGACCAUUGUUGUUAUGGACACGUAUAGACUACCAGUUGAAGGAACAGAAACGAGAGUCAAUGCGCAAAGUGAGGCCUAUGAGUACAUGGUUCAGUAUUUGGACUUGAACAAAAAAGCCGGCGGCGAAUCGAAUGAAAAGGGCGGCAAGAGAGACGAGAAUAUCGUUGGAUGGUAUCAUUCGCAUCCCGGGUACGGGUGCUGGCUUAGUGGGAUUGACUAUAGCACCCAGGCCUUGAAUCAGGGUUUCCAAGAUCCGUAUUUGGCCAUUGUUGUUGACCCCGUCAAGACGUUGAAGCUGGGCAAGGUGGACAUUGGCGCGUUUAGAACUUUGCCCGAUGGGUACAUGGAGAACCAGUCAAGUGCUGCUCCACCUGCACAAUUGCAGAAUUUGCCCAAACUGAAGAGAUCGGAGUUUGGUAGCCACUCGUCUAGGUAUUAUUCUUUGGACAUUGAAAUUUUUGAAAGUCCUCGUGAUCGGGAAAUGUUGAAAUUGUUAAAGAGUGAAGGUGAUUUUUUGGAGCUUAUAAAGACAUUGGAAGUUGAUUUGAACCAAGAAGUGCGAGCUGCCAAGGUGGACGAAUUCAACACGGUCAACUACUUCCACAAUUACCGCGUUAUUGAAGAAGACAAUUUGGAAAGUCAAGAUGACCUCAUUAUUGACGUGAUCAAUACUUUACAACGGAGACCAAAAGACCGGCACAAGGACCGGUUUGCCAAUAGCGUGUUGUUGAAGCGAACUGGCCAUGAUUUUGAAGAUGUAAUGUAUAGAAAAUUGCUAGUUCAAGGGGCAGCUGGAAGCAGAGAGCAAAAAAAGAAGCAAGCGAAUAUUAGAAGGAGGGAAGCUGAACUUGCAGAUGAUGAAGUGAUGGAUGAAAGUGAUUUGGACAAAGGUGACCGUGACGGGACUACUGCAUCUGUGGGCACAUCCGAUCAAGAAGCUGAUUCCGCGGAUGAAGUCGAGACGCGCGAAGGAUCAGUGAGGGACGAGCGCGAAGUCGAAGAGGAAGAUCGUGGACAACAAGACGCAACGGAUAAUGACGAUGAUGACGGUGAUGAUGAAGAUGCAGAUGCAGAUGCAGAUGAAGAGAACGACGACGUUUAUGGUGAUGAUGACGGUGAUGAUGAAAUAAUGAAAGACCAAGAGGAUAACCCGUGGAGACAUCGACGCAGCAUCCCCAGGGCAAGUCGAAGGUUUGACAUGAGCCCAUCACAAGCGCGAAACUGGAACAGCAGACAGUUGACGCGCGAACUGAAAUUGGCGAGAAGAGUGCCACUCGACCAAGCAUUUUACGAAAGGAGACUUCGACAACACUCUAGAUCGAGGUCAAGCGGCACGCCUGUUUCCAACUACGCUGUUUCGCCCAUGGCUGGCCCUGUUUUCGCUGGAGACGACCCAAGAAGCAGGAGGUUUAUGCGACACCAACUGAAACAUGAAAGCGAAGCCUUGGGCAGAAUGGGCGACAUAAUAGGAGCCCGUCACGGCGGCGGAAGCGGAAGAGAAUUAGGUGUCGUUGGCGGGAAUGGCAUGCUGGCGUUGGAAGCUACUUCCUUCCUUUACUCCUACGCUCAGUCUGCAUCAUCGAUGGAGCCAAGAGACAAAAACAAGAAAAUACUUGACACUGUCUUCUCGUUGGCUGCGCAGAAUAUCUGUGACUUGAUAAGCUUGGAUGCUCGGGAGAAACUAUUGGCAUCUGCCAAAAGCAACUAA